AUGACAGGCCCUCAUUUUCUCUCAAUAUUGCCUCUGCUCCUACUGCUGGGCCUUCGAGUCUCAGCAGCAGCUCUUCCUAAUGCUGUGGCGAUCAACUUCGCCCUGAAAAACAGCCGCGCGCCCGUCGCAUUCGACCUCGCAUCCCCAGCAUCCACCCGCAGCCUGGCCGCGUCAUGGGUGCCCGCAGGCCAUGACCAAGACCACCACUCCACAACCAAACGCUCUUCUUUCUUCAACCCAGACAUCCAGUCAUCCGACAAGGAAACACACAAAUUAACCGCCCUCCGCGAAGCAGGCUUCAUGCCAAGUCCGCCGUCGGGAUUGGAUCCUGACUCGCCGAAAGCGAUUGGAGAUACCGGGAUCGACACCCAUGCCGACGCACGGACGUUUUCACCUUCUGAGCUGUCUGGCCGCAUGCGCCCUCGCCUGAAUCAUCAUGUUGUGCCAUGUCUGCCAUCCCUGACGUUCUUGGCGCUUUCCGCUGCUGUGGUUUGUGUGAUCACUGUGCUGCGCGGAGUCAGGGGUCGGAGGUGA